GCACUGAAUUAGUUUAUUUUUUGUAAUGUUAUUAUUGAAUUUAGUGAGGUUAGGUACUUCUUUUUUCUUGAGAGGUUAUCAUCUUUUUAGCUUGAUUUGAAGAUUUUUGAAGUUUGUCUCCAGAAAAUUGAAAUUAUUUUUUCUUUAAUUAUAAAUCUUUGUCUAGGUUUCCAAUUACGUAAUCUGGUGUUUAUUUUUAAAUUCAGUUUUAAAAGAAGCUCAUUUAUGAAGUUGAAAGCUUGGGGAGCCAACAAUUAUGGCCAGCUUGGCGUUGGUUUCAUAUCAGAGCAGUGUAAUUGUCCAACUAAUGUGAAUCUAGAUUUAAAUGAUGUGGCAUUAAUUAGCGGCGGAGGUGGACAUACAAUCAUUUUUGAUAAACAUGGAAGGCUUUACGGUUGCGGACUUAAUAAUUACAAUCAACUCACACCUCGGCACACAAAUAACAUCUCGGCAUUUGAAGAACUAGAUUUCAUUGCAUCACCAACAGGAGCAUCAAUAACUUGUGGAUGGGAGUCCACACUAUUGUUGAAUAAAGAUGGACUUAAUGUUUGGGGCUCGAAUAGUUAUGGCCAACUUGGACUAAAGAAAGAUAAAAGAAGAAAAUCAAUCAGUCCAACAUAUUUACCGAUUUCCAGAGUUUCCCAGGUGUCCUGUGGCUUGAGACAUACUGCCGUGCUACUGGACAGUGGAGAUCUGUAUAUGUGUGGUCAGGGAAGGAAAGGACAAUUAGGCGUUAUUCAAAAUGGCGCCCCACUUCUGGAGUCCGAUGAACUUCUACAUGUUUCAGAUUUGAGCAAUGUGAAGUCUGUAGCCUGUGGGCAAAAUCAUACAAUCGCUUUGACUGGAGAUGGCUGCAUUUAUGGCUGGGGCGACAACAAGCAUAGACAGUUGGGGAUGUCCUCUGUAUCAAGUAGUGCGGCCAGUCCAAUCAAGAUUGCUUCUGAGGUGCCUGUUAGCACAAAAUUGUACGCCGGUUGGACACAUUCUGUUCUAUUAAAAGAUGACGGAUCCAUGAUGUGCUUCGGCAGAAACUGCUAUGGUCAGUUAGGAAACGGAAUGACUCAGGACGACUCUUGGAUGAACUAUAAAGUUGAAAUGCUGCCGCCAGUUCGGCAAUUGGCUGUUGGUUCUGAGCACAACAUAGCUCUUUCAGAAACUGGAAGCGUAUUGAGUUGGGGCUGGAAUGAACACGGCAGUUGCGGCCUCAACCAUCAGGACAACGUCCACCACCCAACUCAAGUUCAGUUUAGCAAUGAUGCCGUCUUAAUAGGAUCAGGUUCAGCACAUAGUUUUGCAGUGUUGACUGAUUGAAUAAAUAUUAUUUUCCUCCACCUA